UCGGCUUGUACAAGUUUGUGCAAUCACUUAUCUGGUCAAUAGCCAGUCGCCCUUGGAGAGUGAGCGUGUGAACAAGCCAGUUGUUAAUAUUACAAAAAUAAUUUAAAAAGUUAAUACAAAGUAAAAUGCAGUUCGUGAAGAGUAUACUAAUUUUAUCAAUAAGUUGUUUGACUUUAGCCAAAGUGGAAAUUGACUAUAACACUUUACCAUUGAUCAUAAAAGGAUAUCUCGACAAAAAUACCCCGGAUUUUUCGUCCCGCAUAGGUGAAACAAAAGAUGAUCAAAUGGAUGUAGCAUACCUCAUAGGAAAUGCAACAAUAGAUAUAUUGAAAGAUGCAAAUCUAAUUAAUGAUGACGAAUAUCUCGGCGCAAAGCUUAUGAACAUCAAAAAUGCAGAAACCGAAGAGGAACUUACAAACACAAACUUUGAUUUUACGACCAAAGAUCCCAUCGAUGAAGAAAAUGUAAAAUUUUCGGCGCCAAAAGUUAUGAUCGAAGAUAAAUAUACUGAAACUAUAGAUAAAAAAUCAACUAAAGAUAAUGACAACGACGCGGAAACGAGUUUCUUGUUGCAAAAUAUGUACAAUUUAAAGUCUUCUAGUAAAGAUGCAUCGAAUAAAGAUGAUGACGAAUAUCUCGGCGCAAAGCUUAUGAACAUCAAAAAUGCAGAAACCGAAGAGGAACUUACAAACACAAACUUUGAUUUUACGACCAAAGAUCCCAUCAAUGACGAAUAUGUAAAAUUUUUGGCGCCAAAAACGAUGAUCGAAGAUAAAUAUACUGAAAUUAUAGAUAAAAAAUCAACUAGAGAGGCUGAAUUUUUGGUGUCCCAAUAUGUCAUGAGUCGCGGUGUUUAAAUUAUAUUAGAUUUAGACCGAAAAUUUCAAUUAUA